GCAAAUAUCGAGUCUUUAAUUCUAUCUGCACGACGUGAGGGAAAAACAACAUGGAGGGAUUGGUUCUUUGCUCUGCAAACUACACACCCUUAACUCCUCUAAGUUUUCUGGAACGUGCUGCAUUUGUUUACCGCAAAAGGGUUGCCCUAAUUCAUGGAAAUACAAGUUUCUCAUGGGAAGGCUUGCAUGGAAGAUGUGUCAAGUUUGCUUCUGCUCUUUCUCAGCUUGGCGUCUCCCCUGGUGAUAUUGUGGCAGCAGUGGCACCUAAUGUUCCAGCACUCUACGAGCUGCAUUUUUCUGUACCAAUGGCUGGGGCAGUCCUUUCUGCACUUAACCCAAGGCUAGACGCUGCCACUUUAGCACAACUACUUCAACAAUUAGAGGCCAAAGUCAUUUUUGUAUACUUUGACUUCAUUGAGAUUGUGCUUCAUGCACUUAACAUUCUUGAAGAAAAAGACAAGCCAUAUCUUGUAGUCAUAAUCAAUGAAAGCAAAGUAAAAGAACUACCAGUAUUAUCAGCACCAGCGAAUAUUCUGGAUUACUAUACCCUUCUAGAAAUGGGGCAGUCCAAUUUCAAGAUUGUGUACCCGAAAAAUGAAUUUGAUCCGAUUUCCGUAAGUUUUACUUCUGGAUCAACAGGGAAGCCUAAAGGAGUAGUGUAUAGCCACAGAGCUGCAUAUUUGAAUGCAAUUGCUGAUAUUUUCAGAUAUGAGAUGCAAAAAAUGCCUGUUUUUCUCUGGACAGUGGACAUGUUCCGAUGUAACGGAUGGUGUCUCCCCUGGACCGUAGCUGCUUUGGGCGGCACUAAUAUUUGCCUUGGCGAAAUCAAUGGGAAAGAAAUUUUGGAUGCUAUUUACCUUCACAAUGUGACACAUUUUUGUGGAGCACCAAUGAUUCUUACAAAAAUUUCAGAUGCCAUAGCCACAAAUCAGCCCUUGUUACCUCACCAGGUGAAUGUAACAGUAGCAGGGGUAUUGCCACCACUAGAAAUUCUGACCAAACUGGAAGAAUUAGGCUUUAUUAUUAACCAUGCAUAUGGUAUGAGUGAAGCACUUGGUCCAAUGAUAUCAAUGUCUAGGACAUAUCAAGAUGAAUUUUCCAAGUUGAAUGAAGAUGUGAACGUGAAAAUUCGUGAAGGGAUUCACAGCAUUAUGAUGGAAGAAGUUGAUGUAAAAGAUCCAGAGAGUAUGAAAAGUGUGCCAGCAGAUGGGAAAACUACAGGGGAAAUCAUGUUUAGAGGCAAUGCUAUGAUGUUAGGGUAUUUGAAAGAUACUUCAAAAACUGAAGAAGCAUUUGAGGGAGGGUGGUAUAGGACUAAAGAUCUUGGAAUUAAAUUCCCAGAUGGGUAUAUAAAACUGAAGGAUCGCAUCGUUGACAUAAUCAAAUCUGGGGGGAAAAUUAUAAGCACUCUUGAAAUUGAAGCUGUUUUGAUUAGGCAUCCUAUGGUUUUGGAGGCUGCAGUUGUAGCACUACCUGAUGAUGUCGUAGGAGAGACCCCUUGUGCUUUUGUGAAGUUGAAAGAGGGGUGUUUUAUGACUGAAGAAGAAAUUAUCAAGUUUUGUAAAGACUGGCUACAGGAUUACAUGGUUCCAAAGGCAGUAAUCUUUGGUGAUUUACCACUCAAUUCUUCAGGGAAAAUUCAGAAAUUUAUACUCAGGGACAAGGCCAAGGAAUUGAAACGCCCACUUUCAUAGUGACCCAUUGUGCACUUAACCGUACGAGACACAAUCUCUCAAAAGAUUGAUGUAUAAUUUUAAAAUUUGGCAUGCAAAGUUCGUUGAAAAGUUAAUUUGACAUUAAUAUUGUUGAACACUUUAAGGUUUGUUUUUCAUUUUCUUAAAUUCAUUGUCUUGGAAGUGUUUUCUUUUUGUUGCUAAUCAUUGUUUUGAAAGUUUGAAGUGGGACAUGAUUCCUUUAAGAGAAACGUAUAUUUUUAGUCGCUACACAAAAUAAUACUUGACUAAAUGCAUAUAUAAUAUGCAUAUUUUAUAUA